CUCUUCUGUGCUCAUUGACCUGCUGUGAGUUCGCUCACGCGUCAUUCUAGGUCUGUGGUCAUUGUGGACGCGUCAAGUGACAUGAAUGGUGCGGAUUUUCGGCUAGAAUGAAGCUGCUCGUUUGCGAGCAAAUUUAUUCUUACCAUUCAUAACCCUCAUCAGAUCCUGUUGCCAGCCAACAACUGCUCUUCAAGAAGCUCCCAUAGCCGGCGCACCUUCGACCGCUGCUGCUGAGAUCACGUUGGCUCGUGUUACCACACGAAGAUGGUAGUCUGCAGGUUCUGGGAGAGAGGCAACUGUCGAAACGGCAGCAACUGUAAAUUCGAGCAUCCGGGUGCUCGAAGCACUCAGAGCGGAGGCAAUCCUUUCACCGGAGGCUUUGGCGUCCAGUCUCGGAAUCCUUUUGAAGCUUUAAGAGACGAUCAGCCUCGAGGACCAAGGGGAGGCGAUUCCUAUAGACCGGAACCAAGGAGACAUGAUAACGAUCGAAGUAGAGGCCAAGUUUGGGGUGGCGGUGGUCAGAGUUCUGGCCCCGAUAGGCAUUUCAGACUUGAUGCAGACACAAUACGAAACGACCUCACAGUUGAACUGCCGCAGUGGCCGCUAUCGUGCUACUCCGGUCACCCACCCGAUGUCCCCAAACAUUUUUUCCCUCCGGAGAUGGAACUUAGCCCGGAAGAAGUUCGAACCGAAUAUUACCUUCUUCGACUUCAAGGGCGAGAAGCUCAGGCUCAACAAAAAGAAGCGAGUGCAGCUCAAGCUGCUCAACAAGCGGUCGCAGACGUAGUCCGAGACAUUCAUGGACACAUCCGUAAAAUAGCAGCCGCGAAGCGCGAGCAUCCGAAUCGAUGGGACAUCGUUGAUCAAAACAAAACUCUCGGGAGCGCCAAUCCAUUCAAGCCUGCUCCACUUCCGGCGGUCGAUAGACCUGGCUUCACCCCGGCAUCAGGUUUUGGACAACCGCUGGGCUUCAACUCGGGGCCAGGUACAUUCGGACAACCUUCAGUCUCUACACAAACCUCUGCUUUUGGGCAGCCUUCACAACUCGGUCCGAAGUCUGCUGGUUUUGGACAACCUGCGCAACCUGGCCAGGGCCCAAAGUUUGGUCAGCCUUCGCAACUAGGGCCUGGAAGCUUUGGACAAGCAUCAGCUAUACAGGGAGUAGGUUUCGGAGAACCGUCGCAAGUUGGUGCGCAAAAUCAAUUUACCCCGUCGCAAAACUCCCAGAUUGUCCAUAAAUUUCAUCAGACAUCGCAACCACAAGGAUUUUCAACCUUCGGCCAACCAUCGCAACCUCAAGGCAGUUCUACCUUUGGUCAGCCAUCUACAUUAGGUGCGAAAUCUGCCUUUGGUCAACCGUCGGCCUCUAGCCAUGGCUCGGCAUUUGGGCAACCCUCAACAUUUGGCUCAGCAGGAACGUUUGGUAAGCCUUCAUCACUCGGCCAAUCAAACGGCUUUGGCCAGAAAACAAAUCCGUUUGACAAUCAUAAUGUGAAUAGCCAAGGUCCAUUCAGUCAAGCUAACCAACCAUCCGCACCAUCAAAUCCUUUCAGUCAGUCCAGCGCACAGUCACCUCAAGUAAACUCCUUCGGGCAACCAUCACCUUCGCCGUUCAGUCGGGAGACAAAUCAAAUUGCUAGCGUUUUUGGGCAGCCUACGCAAUUGCAGAAUCAAGGCCAAGCAUUUGGCCAGCCUUCGGGCAGUGGCUUUGUUGCCCCUACGCAAGCAAUCAGCAACAGCUUUGGAGCUACCCAGAACACUCUUAAGCCUACGAAUGGCAUAAAACAAUCAGCUUUGCACCUGAACACUUUGGCAUCGACCAUGAGUGAGACAUACACAACAAAUCCACCGAGCGCUACACCGCGAGAUAGUGAUCCACCAGAUGAGAUGUAUGGUAGUAGGAAGAAAGAGUUUGAAGAAGCAUAUAAAUACGUCUUAGCAACUGGAACAUUCGCAGAUGGCAUUAUGCCCGAAGUUGCACCGCUACACAAUUGGGUCGGAUGGGGAGCCAUGGAGAAGAGGUUUCAAGCCUAGGUGGGCAAGGCCCAUUUUAGCAAUAUAUUUAAUGUCCAUGUGACCGUUAUGCAAUGGCUGUUAGUUGAUGUAAGAUAAAGCUGUUGUCAACAAAAAGAAUCGGAUUUUAGAGCGCAAUGUCUUUCGCGCAGCCUCAUUGAUGGAUAUCAGGAUGCGAACGGAUUAUCAAUCCUCUCGUACAAUGUGAAGCUUUUUGUCAGAGAUCAAACUGAGGCAUUUUCAUUAGUGUCCAACAAAGUACUGAUAUCUAUUGCAAUUGGG